AUUUGACUGCUAAAACCGACAGAUUCAAAAUCAAAAUGUGGCCGAGUCUCCAAACGCCCCGAAUAACUUCCCUCUUCUUUUCCGCUUCCCACACCACUCCGCAUACCUAGGGUUUCUCUCCCAUUUCACCAAAACGCAUCCCUUUCAACUGCAAAAAACCACCACUCAUCAUGAACCAACACUCCCCAAAUUCAAAUUCCAACUCUCUCCAACCGCUCCUGAAAGAAUCAAUCCACAGGUUCUUAAUUGAACACCAAAACGGUGCAACUGAUUUUUCAAAUUUCACCUCAAUCUUCUCUCGUUUUCUCCACAAUUUACCCGACCCACCCCUAGAAAUCGUCUGGUUUUACUCCGCUUUAACUUUUCACUCCACAAAAUUUACUGACACUUCAAAGCAAGUCUUAUUAGUUAAGGACCUAUUUCAGUUACUUGUUUCCUGCUCUUCCUCAUGCAAUGCGGUUAGAAAAAUUGCCGUACUCGCUCCGGUUAUUCACGAGCUGUUUACUGCAGUGAGUGGUAAAAAGGAUUUGAGAGAAGAGAUUGAGAGUUUAACUGAAGGGAUCAUCUGUUAUGUUAGCAUUAACUGUGCUGAUAAUUCUGAUGAACAUGAAGGGUUUGGGGAUUUAGUUUCGUGUUACAGGGAGCUAGUGCGCGUGUGGAUGGUUGGGAAAAUUGGGGGUGACUGUAAAUUUGGGGAGGAUUUGAGGUUGUUUUGUCCGGUUGUUAGCGAUGGAGUACGCGAAGGAAUGGUAAGUGAGGGUUUUGGAGUUGGGUACUUGGCUGGGGUAGUCACGUGUGAGGCUUUUUUGUUGAGGUUGUGCUUGAAGUUUGGGUGUGGGAUUUCAAGAGUAGAGCUGGACAAAGAAUUGCUUAACUGCGCGGCUCAGAUGAUAAGUGCUUUUCGGAGUUAUUAUUUUGUCGCAGAUAUCCUGCUCAGGAUGCUGCUGGAGCCAGUUUUACCUGUCAAUGCAAUGCUGAAUCCCAAAGAUGAGGUCAUUUUACGAGAAGUCUUGUAUGAUGUUGUGAUAACGAUGUCAUAUUCCUUCUCUAUCCCUCAAAAAGGGAUUGAGCCACCUGGUGUACAAUUGAAAAAUCUUGCUCUGACAUGGUUGUUUGUUGCUGACAAUGCCAUACGAUUUGUCAGGGAAAAUGGGGACCGGACAAAAGUCAUUUCUUAUUUGCAAGCCUUCUCUGAAUCUUUCUUACUCUCCCAUUUGAUCAAGUGGGUUAUGAGCCAGCCUGGUGUGCAGAGUAAAACAAACGCACCGGAUAUUUUCACUCCUGUUGCUGUCAUCAAGUGGCUACUUAUUGUUGAGGAUGAAGGUUCAAGGGUGUUCGAUAGUGGCAUCUCCAAGAUAUAUGCAAAGGCCAUUAUUUGUAAAUCAAGAACAGAGUGUGAGCUUUUGGUUGAUAAGUCAGGUGGCAAGAAUUUGAAUGAAAAUCACUUUUUUUACCCUGGUAAGGAGCUUAAAGCUGAAGAUAAAGUAGAUGGUGAUCUAGAGAUGGUUGAUUCUGCGGACGCUAUGCUCCUUGGUGCUCCUGGAUUGAUGAGAUUGACGGAAACUGAUGGUAUAAGGAAACGCAAAGAAGGAAGAAACGACGAAGGGGAUAAACGAGUUAAGUUUUUCAAAUGUCAGCUUGGUGACAAGUUAACAAAGGAGGAGAAGGUUUGGCCAUUGUGUGAUGGUGGUGGUUUUUGCAAUGGGAGUGAGGUAUACAAUCCGUUGUCUGUUGAAAAUGCAGUGUCUAUGGAGCAAUAAGCUUGACUGAGGCAGCAGCUGAGAACAGUGGACAGGCUAACCACAGUGGCAGUUCUUUGCGAGUAGAUGAUGGAAUGAGAACUUUUGUCUUUGCGGCAUGACUUGCAGCUCUUGGAUUGUGCUAUCUUUUCCUCCUGCUGAUGGACGCUCAGAGGCCAAAAUUUCUGCAUUAAAUUUGUCUGCGGGUUUUAGAUUUAUGCCUCCAUGUAUCAAUAGAUGCUCAUAAAAGUAUAUAUGCUAGGAUAUUAUCUUCUUGCAAACAUUGAAACUGGAAUUAAAGUCGGCUAAGCACUAUAUAAGCCUGGUAAUAGUGCAGGCUUCCAUGACGGUAGUCAUUCAUGGUUAUCUUGUAUUUCUAGAUAUUUUUCUCCAUUUAAAUUCCCUUUUUCUUUGGUUU